AUGCCUUGCGCAGAUAUCCAAUUCCAAACAGCUGACUACGUUACAUUGCGAGGUUGGCUCUUCCACCCACCAAUGGAAUUGUCGAAAAGAAGACUGCCUUGCCUGGUUAUGUCUCAUGGCUUCUCCGCCUUGAAGGAAAUGGAGCUUGUUUCUUUUGCAAAAUACUUUACUACGAAUCUGCACAUUGUUUGUCUUGUGUACGAUAACCGAGGUUUUGGCGACAGUGACACGAAGGGAGGCCAACCUCGGCAUGAGAUUCUUCCUACUCAACAGACUAGUGAUAUAUCAGACGCCAUUACUUACGCUCAAUCUCGGCCCGAGAUUGAUCCUAAUCGCAUUGGUAUCUGGGGCAGUUCAUACAGUGGCGGACACGUGCUAUUGGUUGGAGCAGUUGACCGGCGAGUGAAGGCAGUUCUAUCCCAUGCUCCUUUUGUAGAUGGGUGGGAGAACUUGAAUCGACUCCUCCAGUCGGAUAUGGUGGACGAAGUGAACAAAGCGUUUCAAGAAGACCGGUUGGCUCGGGCUGCAGGAAAACCCCCCGCAAUGAUAGCUGUAGUAGACGAAGAUCCUCUGAAACCAUCCGCACUUCCCACACGUGACAGCGAUCAAUUCUUUAGUGCAUGGGAAGCUAAAUCGAAAUGGAAAAACGAGGUCAGACUGAAAAGUCUCGAAGCUGCUCGCGCAUACAAGCCUGCUGCGCAUAUUCACCAUAUUUCACCCACCCCGCUGCUGUUAACUGUGGGAGCAAAUGAUGUGAUUACACCGACUGAUAUCGCUCUGGAGGCAUAUUCGCGGGCCCGCGAGCCAAAGAAAUUGCACAUCUUCCCUGGGGGUCAUUUCGAUGGUUAUACUGGUAAAUGUUUCGAACGUAUCGUAUCAGCCCAAGCGGAUUUUCUGAACCAGCAUUUGCUUAUAUAG